CACUGUCUGCUGCAGCCAUUGGUGUUGUGACUAACUAAUCCUUCUUAGCUUAGUUCUCAAGCAAAGCCUUGCUUGUGUAGCACCACAUCAUUAUUUCCUCAAUAAUUACUCCUAUAAAAAGAAAACAUUUCCAUAUAUAUAUAUAUUUCAUAACAGUAGGCCAGUUUUUGAAUAGAAUCAUUCAAUCGGUUUCAUUCUUUUUUCUUACUAUUAUAUACUUCUAUAUGUCUACAUUACUCAGGGUUGAAAUUUCCACCUUUUUCAUUCUUUAGUGUUGAUCCUACACCAUGAUUCCUCCUCAAAUGAUAGUUUUUCUAGUUAUUUUUCUUCAGAGCUAUCUUGUCCUAGCAUAUGAUCCUGAUCCAGUUCAUGACUACUGCAUACCAAGGGCAGAAUUCUCUUCAAUCUUCCUUUCUUGCAAGAAUUCAUCGUUGGUCACAGUCGAAGAUUUUAUCUAUUCAGGUAUUAAAGAUCCAGGGAACUUUAAACAUACUGGAUUUUCAUCCAUUCCAGUUAGCUCCACUGUCUUUCCUGGACUGAACACAUUAGGCAUGUCAUUUGUGCGCGCUGAUUUUGACGUUGAUGGUGUCAACGUGCCACAUUUUCAUCCGAGGGCCACUGAAACUGCAUUCGUGCUCGAGGGGAAGAUUUAUUCGGGGUUUGUUGAUUCAGGAAACCGAGUUUUUGCUAAGGUUAUUGAGAAAGGAGAAGUGAUGGUGUUUCCAAAAGGUUUAGUUCACUUCCAAAUGAAUGUUGGUGAUACCCCAGCUGCUAUUUUGGGAAGUUUUAACAGCCAAAAUCCUGGAUUGGUGAAAAUCCCAACUGCUAUUUUUGGAACAGGAAUUAAAGAGGAGCUUUUGAUAAAGGCAUUUGGAUUGAAUGAUAAGGAGAUUGCUAAAUUAAGGAAGAAGUUUGUUCCUCAAUAGCUGGGAUAGAUUAUAGGAAAGUUAUAGUUUCUGUUAUUUGUCUCUUUUUUUCUUUAUUCAAUAAUGCAACUAAAUUACAAUA